GUUUGUCAAUUCAAAAUGAAAGUAUUCCUGGUUCUAGCUGCAUUGUUGGCAGCAGCAUGUGCUCUUCCUAUUGGGGAAGAGCAAAUUAAUGGCGAGAACGGCUGGUUUAUACCACAGCUCGAUGGCUCCUUCAAGUGGAUGGAUAUGGAAGAGGCGGAGGAGCUGCUGGCAAAUGGUGAUCAAAUCGAAGGCCGCAUCAGCACCAAUGCUGUUAACUUCUACCUGUACACCAAGUCCAAUCCCACAGAUGGCAAGGAAAUCAAGUCAAAGGCAUCGUCCAUUGAGGACUCGCACUUUAACAAGGAUCACGGAACUCGUUUUGUUAUCCACGGAUGGACUGGUCGUCACACCGAUUCCAUGAACACCGAGAUCACCAAGGCAUGGCUGUCCAAGGGCGACUAUAACAUUAUCAUUGUCGAUUGGGCUCGUGCCCGUUCUGUGGAUUAUGCUUCGUCGGUUCUGGCUGUUCCCGGCGCUGGUGCCAAGGUCGGUGCGAUGAUCAAGUACCUGCACGAGAGUCACGGCAUGUCUUUGGAUAGCCUGGAAGUAAUUGGUCACAGUUUGGGCGCUCAUGUCUCUGGUUAUGCCGGCAAAACCGUUGGCGAAGGCAAAAUCCACACUAUUGUUGGUCUGGAUCCUGCUCUUCCCCUGUUCAGCUAUGACAAACCCGCCAAGCGUCUGAACAGUGGUGAUGCCUGGUAUGUGGAGUCUAUUCAGACUAAUGGAGGUAAACUUGGAUUCCUGAAGCCCAUUGGCAAGGGUGCCUUCUACCCCAACGGCGGUAAGAAGCAGCCAGGUUGCGGUCUCGAUGCCACCGGUUCCUGUUCUCACAGCCGCUCUGUGACCUAUUACGCCGAAGCCGUUACCGAGGACAAUUUCGGUUCCAUGAAGUGCGGUGAUUACGAGGAAGCUGUUGCCAAGGAGUGUGGCAGCACCUACAGCAGCGUUCGCAUGGGAGCUGACACCAAUGCCUACAUGGUUGAAGGUGAUUUCUAUGUCCCUGUUAACAGCAAGGCACCGUAUGGCAAAAUUAACUAAGCAUUAAAUAAAUUUGAAUGAUAUCUAAA